AUGGCUCGGCAGAUGCAAUUCCAGAACAUAACGAAUUCCUUUUUCCAGAAUAUGAAAUUUUAAUAGAACCUGAGGAACCAGAAUUCCUUGCUGACAGCACUGUAAAUCCCAGUGAUGAGCAAGGAGCUGUAGAGACAUCAAAGGACCUGAAAGAACAAGAGGAAUUCUGUGUCACAAGUGAAGCAUGUCAAUCCUUAGAUGAAGAGACACUGGAAGCUAUGGCAAAACAUGAGACUGAAGAUGACAAGAUUUUCCAAAGGUUUAAAGAACGAAUAGCUGUUGAACCAGAGCAGAUUAUUAGAUACUGCAGAGAAGGAGAAGGCCCAAUCUGGGUAUCAGGUGAAAAUAUACCUGAAGAAAAAGAUAUCCCAAAUUGCUUAUGUGGUGCUAGAAGAAUUUUUGAAUUCCAGAUAAUGCCCCAACUCCUGAACCACCUUCAGGUUGACAGCCUGGGAGAGAGCAUUGACUGGGGAACGCUGGUGGUGUACACUUGUGCUGACAACUGUGGUGAGGGAAAUGAAUACAUGGAGGAGUUCAUAUGGAAACAAGACUUCUCUGCAAGCUCUGUUUGCCUUCCCUCAAGUUAUGAAGCUGAAUCCUCUAAAUAG